UCUAGUCGGGUCCCUUUGCGUAGGCUUUCCCGACUGUAAACGACAUUUCCCAAAGUGCCAUUCGCGCACUUACCAUGCAGUGGAACGUUGUAUGGCAGCUGAUUGACUGAUAUUGAUCCAAUAGGUGAUUCCUGAAAUAUGUUUUAGGGGCGGAGUAAAGGUACACAACCUGUACAUUGGGCCAAGGGCGCAGGGCAAUGGUGAAUGUUGAUGCUUGGAAAACGUCAUGCCUAGAAUUAGAACUCUGUAUGGGCUGUGCGCGCCGCCUGCCGCUCGGAUGGUAGCCCUGCCUACCCGUUGAGCGAGCGCCGAAACUGCAGUGCGGAGAAAAUGUAACAGUAGGAGGAGAAUGAUAGUAGAGCUUAUGGGCCUGGGGACUGCUGUUAGUUGCGAUGGAGGAGAGGUUGUGUCUUAUGGAAUUAUAUCUAAGGAAAGCCUAUUGGAAACAGAACGGGUCCCACCCUGUGUUUGUAGCAGUAAGGUAAAUGGCUGAAUCAAGUUGGGAGCUGCUGUGUCUCUGUCUGGCCGGCCAAUGCAGUGCGUAGGGACGGCCGCCCAGCCCGACGAAAACAUGAACGGAGCGGGGGAGCAGGUGGACAUCCUGCCCCCCAACUGCCUGGUAAAGGACCGAUGGAAAGUGCUGAAGAAGAUCGGCGGGGGAGGUUUCGGAGAGAUCUACGAGGCGUUGGACCUGCUGACCAGGGAGAAUGUGGCUCUCAAGGUAGAGUCAGCCCAGCAGCCUAAACAGGUCCUCAAGAUGGAGGUGGCCGUCCUCAAGAAACUGCAAGGAAAAAAUCAUGUAUGUAAAUUCAUCGGAUGUGGAAGGAACGAGAAGUUUAACUAUGUGGUCAUGCAACUUCAGCAGGGGAGAAACCUAGCGGACCUGAGGAGGAGUCAACCUCGUGGCACCUUCACCAUGAGCACCACGCUACGCCUGGGCAAACAGAUCCUGGAGUCCAUAGAGGCAAUCCACUCUGUGGGCUUCCUGCACAGAGACAUCAAGCCUUCAAACUUUGCCAUGGGUCGACUCCCCUCCACCUAUAGAAAGUGCUUUAUGUUAGACUUUGGCCUAGCUCGCCAGUACACCAACACUACCGGAGAGGUCCGACCGCCCAGAACUGUGGCAGGAUUUCGGGGCACUGUUCGUUAUGCGUCAGUAAAUGCUCAUAAAAACAAAGAAAUGGGUCGCCAUGACGAUCUAUGGUCGCUGUUUUACAUGUUGGUAGAGUUUGCAGUCGGUCAGCUACCAUGGCGAAAAAUAAAAGAUAAGGAGCAAGUGGGUCAGAUUAAGGAGCGCUACGACCACAGAAUGCUGCUCAAACACAUGCCUUCUGAGUUUCAUAUUUUCCUGGAUCAUGUUUUAGGCCUUGACUACUUUACCAAACCAGAUUACCAGUUGCUGAUGUCGGUCUUUGAGAACAGUAUGAAGGAACGCAUCAUCACAGAGAAUGAGUCUUUUGAUUGGGAGAAGGGAGGGACGGAUGGAGUGCCUCUGUCCACCUGCACGUCAACGCCCCCUCAACAGAACACACGACAGACCCCCGCCAUGGUCGGGGUGGUGAACGUGACUCUGAUUCCUGGGGAGCUGCCGAGGGAGAACACAGAUGACGUUCUACAAGAUGACCACCUGAGUGACCGGGAGAAUGCUCCACCUGCAGUACCUAGCAGGCCUUGCGAGGGGACACUACCCAAGGCGGAAGGCGAGGCAUGGAACGACACCGACUUCAACCGCAACCAACUUAGGAUGAGCAUCAGCAAGGGGCAGUUGGCUGCGGAGGAGGAGCCUACUAGAGGGGUGUGUCCUGAGGCCCCUGUGGGUGGAGCUCCCACAGAAAUGACUGGUGCUCAGGUCUGCGCUCUGCGGUACCGGAGGAUCAACAGCCCAGAGUCAGACCGUCUGUCCGCCGCAGACGGGAGACCAGACGUCUACGACAAACGAGGGUCUCGUAUGGACAUCCUGGGAUCCCCUUCCCGCUACGUGCACUCCUCCCAGCCGGCCCAGAUGCACUCCCUGGAGGAAGGAGGUGGGGACCGGCAGGGUGGCGGUGGGAGACCAGGCCAGGAGGUCUCCGUAGCCUCCGCGGCCGACCCCGAGGCCCACAGUAACGCCUUCAUCCGGUCUGUACCACUUGCAGAGGAGGAAGACUUUGACAGCAAGGAGUGGGUGAUCAUUGACAAGGAGACUGAGCUCCAGGACUUCCUGGGUCUCCUGGGCCCGGGGGCCGAGCCUACCACCUCGGGUCCCACCACCGACGAGGAGGCAGAGGAGCUGAGGCCCCUGGAGGAACUGGAGGAGCGGAGGAGGUUACGGGGAGCUGGAGGUGGAGAGGUGGUGGUGAGGCCUAAGAUGCGAGCAGGAGGCAUAGGGGCACUUCCGGAUGGGGAGGGGUCUAAUGGGGCUAGUCCUGGACACUCUGGUUAUCACACUCUGCCUCAUAGCCAUGGACACAGACCACGGCCACAGUCGGAGCACUUUGGAGCUCACGGACAGGCCCCGGAGCAGAUCAACACAUACCAGGGUGGCAGUGUGGAGGACCUCCUCCAACAGAGUGCAAAGAGAGAGAGACCUGACCUUAUCAUGCUGGCCCAGCAUCGCCUAUAUCGGGUGGACUUCCUCUCUGCCAUGCUCACCGCCACCCUUCCGCCUCUCCAAACCUCCUUUGAGGUUGUUUCCGGAACCCUUGUUGAGCAGGAUCGUGAUAGGGAUGUGAAUGGGGCCGGGGUUGGGUCCAGCGGUGUCGGGAGCCCCAAAAGCAGCGAGCACAGCCAGGAGGGAGAUGAUGGAGCUCCCUCUACUCUCCUCGCAGACGAGCCUCCUCUGGACUACCCUCACCAGGUCUCUGCGGGAGUCGGGUUAGGGGGUGAUCCGGACCUGGAGCUGGAGGAAGGCUCCAAAACCCUGGUGCUCUUCUCCCCUGGAGACAUGAGGAGGUCCCUUGCCGUGGUGGGCGAUCUACCCCCGGACGAUACUGGGAGCCGCCAGGGGACCCUGGCAGCCAUCACACCCCAGUGUGAGAGAGCCCUGGGAGCUCUGGGAAGCCUGCUGGACGUGUCUGAGCCAGGUACUCUGUCCUCCCAGCUGAAGUCCGAGCCCAAAUCAUCUUUGACGGCCGUCACUGCCAUCCUGGUCAAUGUGGCGUCCAAUGUGGUUGCUCCUACUGGCACCUCCCCUCCUUUCACCAAAGUGGAGCGCACAUUCAUCCACAUUGCCGAGACCACCCACCAUAAUGUGAUGAGCUCCUCAGGGACCCUGCAACCCAGGCUGCCCACAGCCAAACAGGAGGACCGCUUGGAGGGAGAGAAAGAGGAGGAUGUCUCCGAUGUAGAGAAAGAGAGGGGUGGGGAGAGCAGAUCCGAUGGGGACCUCUCAGACAAAGACGUUGAUAAUGGGAGUGAGAGGGAGUCUGAGGGUGAGGUCCCAAAGACAUACAACGUACAGAGGAGGGAGAGUAGAUCAGAAGGAGAUGUCUAUGAGAAAGAUGAGGAAGGGGACGAGGAGAACAUUCCAGAGAGCGACAAGGUGGAGGAGGGGGAGAAAGAUGAGGAGGAGGAGGAUGAGGAGAAGAGAGAUAGUAGGUCCAAUGAGGAAGUUCCAGAGAUAGAAACCCUAGGUUCCCAAGAGGUAGACAUGACUAAGGAGGAGGAAGAGGAUGUUGCAAAGAAAGAGGUUGAGGAAUUAAUCCCUCCAGAAAAAGAGAAGGAAGAAGAGACGGAACAUGGGGACGAGGCUCCGCCAGCGAUACAGUCAAACUUCUCCUCUCCCAUUCUCUGUCCCUCCGAAGAACCUGAAGCCCAGGAUGUCCUGGGCUUCAGGAUACCCCUAUUGGAUACCCCUAUUGCCGUUUCCCCUGAGAAGGCGCCUGCCCAAGACGUGACGUUGGCAAAGAAGGAGAGCCAGGUCCAGCUCAAACAAAACAUUGAGACUUCUCCACAAGAGGAACCCAAGGACUCUGGUGAUCCAGAAACAUUGGCAGUGCACCAGGUGGAGAGCAAAGAAGUGGCCAGCAAACAAAUCAGGCCUCGCAAACUGAGCCGAAUCCCGGUUCUCUCCCAGUCUGAGGAGGACACCGGCUCGGACCAGGACCAGUCGGCAGCGUCCCAGUCACUCAAGUCUCGUCAGAAGGCCAAGCAACCCCACCUAGCCCGGCUGGUCAUGGAAAGGACACAAGGUCGUAUGCUAAGACUGGCUUCUGUUUCCUCAGCUUCGUCUGCGGAUGAUGGCUGUAAAGCAGCAGCAGAGACCCAGUCAGAGGAAGACACCCAUGAUGAGGAUGACUCUCUGCCCAGGAAGGAAAGGGGUGUUGGGGGGGAAAGGGAGAGACGUGGGGGGCGACAAAGAAGCAGGAUACCCCGUCCUGUCACGCCUGUUAAGCUGCAGGGACCCUCUGUUACAGCGUCUGAAAAUGGCACCAAUGCUAGUGUCCACAAGCCACAACUUCCAACUGUAUAUAAUAGGCAUCAAUCUCACAAACCCAGGACCCCAAGCAUGAAUGUUCCACUGCACCAGAGGUCCCAGACUCUGCAAUCCCGACCUGGACCCGGGGUUAACUCCUCCCCCCUAUUCUCCACCCCCCGGGCCCCCUUGCGUGGGGUCAUCUUCCGAGCCCCUCACUCUGCAUGCCCCUUCCCCCGUAGCCUCAGCACCUCCCCCCGCAGCUACUCCACCUCCCGGACCGACAGCCCCUCCCCUCAGCGCCCACGCCGGGGGGCUGCAGUCACAGAGAUCCGGAGGCAGCUCAUAUCCGUGCGGGCGCAGACUGCACUUCCGCUAAAACCCAGACCGCCUCAGACCGAGGACUCCUCAGCCCCUGGGACACCCAGAAGGCGAGGCAAACGUUACCCAUCGUCAUCUAUAUCCACACUUACAUCCACACCCACCAAGGGGAAGUCAGAUGCUUCUGAGAGCAAGACAGCCAUCAGAUAAUAAAGGCUAGCCUAGCUUAGUGUAUCAGGGCAAUCUAUCCAUCAGACUAUCCACACUGCACUUCACACACCCCUUUAUCUACUGUAUGUCAGAGAAACUCCACAACCUCAAACGUGUUUGUCCCAAAUUGUGCAAAAACGCUUUGUUUUAACUCUCAGCUUAAGAUAACAAAGAGGGGUCUGCUUCAAAUCACAAUUAAGCCCAAGAACAAAACAAGUAAUAGGGAGCACCAGGCAGCGGUGUGACCCCCAACGCCACACAGACUAGGGAAGUGGGUGUUAGUAACUUCAUCUGCAGCUUAGGCCUCCCUAUUACAGUCUAGGAACUUGUUCCUUAGCAGGGUUCGAAUUACACAUUGACUCUUGGCGGCUCUGCACGACAAUGGUGCCCAACGUCCAUGUCGUUGACAAAUGUGGGGUACCUGAUUUGUUAUGGGGGGGUCCCCUAGCCCCUCUGUAAUUAAAGUCUGAUCCUGGAGGAAUCUAAUGGAGUCUGACUCAGUACUGCAGCCCUCAAAAGCCUUAAUAAGACCUGUUCUAAGACCUGUUCUUAUCUACUCCUCCGAUCACAAACGCUUCCAGGGACAAAACAACAACUGCAACAGGAGAGCAGCAGCCUCAUCUGAUCUUACUGACUAGUUUGCUUAAAGAAGUGCUUUAAAUUAAAAUGAUCAUGUGUGAUAUGAAAAUUAUAUAUAGCUAAAUUAUAGGAUUCACCUUAUUUAGGUCAAACCUCAGAAGUAAUUUAGGGAACACUUUAUUUGACGCUCCUUCUUAUGAAGGGUUAUCAACUGUUGUAUUGCUUUACAAGCAUUCAUAGCACCUUAAAGAUGAAGUCAAAGAAACUGUACAAAAAGCAAUAAGGUACCAGAGACUGUUAUGUAUCAUGAAUAUCUCUCUCAUGCCUUAUUACCUGUAUUGUAAAGUUUCACAAUGCUCAAUGACUGCAUCUAUGAGAUGCAUUAAUGUUUUUAAAGCAUUAUAACACAUAAGGUGCAUCAAGUAAAGUUUUACCUUCAUGUACUUAAGAAUCAGAUCUGAAAUGGUGUUUGAUUAUAAAAAGGCAGUGUGCAGUUUACACUUGUUAUUAUUUCUCUCUCACACCUAAUCAGGGACUAUCACAGCUGGUAAAUCUGCAUUUGGAAUGAAAAAGUGUGCCGUAUCUAUGAUAACCAUUAUAGACUAGUAUACCGUCUUUUUAAGCCCUACGAAUGCAUCUAUAAAGUGCUAUGAAUGUGCUUAUUAGACAAUAUAACACUUCACGAGGAACCGCUUCAAGUGUUACUAAAUAUUUCCUACAGUAGGCCUAUAUCUCCAUUUGAAAUAAGGGUAACGCUACAUUAAGUAAAGUGUUACCGAAAUAAGUGUCAUUAUUACUCUUUCUUUGUUCAUUGAGAUUGAACUGGAUUUUUGGGGGAUUCGAAAUGAAUGCGUUUUACAAGAUUAAGUUGAUGUAUCUACUAGUGGCUUUGUAAUGGUCCACAUGUGUUCUUGUCUACCUCGGGAGAUGGUUUCACCCAGAUAUGAUCACAAGUGGCUUUUCUUUAGGGGAAUUCACUGGAUGUACCCAGAGAUUAACGUUACGUCCCAAACGGCACCUUAUUCCCUAUUUAGCACUACUUUUGACCAGGGCCCAUAGGGGAUGCUAGCUAUACAGGGGGUGCUAGCUAUACAGUUUCACUGAAUGUUUACUUCAGGUGUAAAAUCAUCAGUCAAUCAUUCACAUUUCAGAGAUUUAGCUAAUUCCUUAAUUUUUUUUCAGUUACAAAUACCUAUUAUUCUGAACAUAUGUGUCCCCUUACUACAUGCUGCAUAUUAAAAACAUCACUGUAGAAUAUUCUUUCUUUUGCACUUUAAAUGUCACUGUUUAUUUGUCUUUUCUCACUGUUAGUCUGCACUUUUAUCUUACGGAAAUCAUAAUUUCUCUCAUCAAAUGACAAGGAUAAUACAAUUUACAAUAUAGCGAUACAUCUACGAUAGUACAAUACAACAUUUUCAAAUUCAUUUAUUUUGCUUCGUACAAUACCCCAACAACUUUCUAACAUCACCGAAAAAUGUCUUGAGCAAUUUAGUAAGACAUGCACUCAGGUAGAGCUGCUAUGUGAUGUCAAUCAUUCACAGUUUAAUAAGAAGCAAUUUCAUUGGCUCACACUAAUAAAAGUUUGCUUUUAAUUGGUCCAUCAGCACUUCUAGGAAAUUUGCCAUGCCUUGCCAUUGAAAUAUACUGGUGUUCCAUAAUAAUUUACCAAUAGUGUAUAGUUACUUCUUGAGACAAAAAGUUAGCUUUAUUUUCAUUUGAUAAAUCAAAAGUGUUAAUUGCAUUUGUUUCGUUUACUUAAAUUUUCAGAAGUGUCAAAUUGUUGGAUGAGACCUCGAGCUUUAACAAUACUGCUGCAUUCAAACUGUGUUUAAAAUUAGUGUGGUGUUAAAUAUACAGUAUGUGUUUAAUUUGACAUUAUUCUAAAGAUUGUUUGGUGAGAGAGAUGGAACUUAUGGAAAGUUAUCAGAACAAAUACUUUCAGCAAUGACAAACUACAACAUUAAUAAUUAAAUAUGGUAUGUAAAUUGAAGUGCAAUGAAAUGCUAACCAAUCAAAGUUAUUACGAACUACAUGUACCUGCAUUUUUAAGAACAUCAAGAUAAAGUAUCCAAUGUAAACAGUUAACUAUUGUACAUGUACUUAAUCAUUAACUUUGAUUAAAGAAAAAAAGAAAAUAUAAUCGAUGAAUACAUAAAAUGAUGGUAGGAAGAGGGAGAAAUAAUAUUAUUAUUUUAUGGGUACAUUCAAGAUGUUUUCUGUCCCCAUCCACAUUUACUUGUCUGGACUAUCGAUCUGCCCAAUCUAGGACGGACUUUGCAUGAAUGUGUUUAAUUAAUUAAAUCAUUAUCAAAUCAACUGCUUAUUAUACGAACUAGCUUGCUUACAAGUUAUCCAUUUGAUCAAUGAUGACCGACAAUAAAGACCUGCUUCAUUCA